ACUGAUCUCAUUGGUUCAUGAAGGGAACUGUCAAACUGUCAACGGAAGAAACCGGUCCCACCGAAAAACACAAUUACCCAGGAGGCUUUGCGAACCAAGAUGGCGAUUGUGCUCCGUGGUUCCGGACGUGAGCUGAAUCGUGAAGCGUCCAACAGAUGAAUUAAAGGAGCAACAACCCGCACAGCACUGCGGAUAACCCCCUGCUCACCGUAGCCCCGGUACAUAGACCCAGAACAUGCCGUCUCCCAAAGCUAAAAACCCCGGUCGCGGAAGCCCGGUGCUCGGAGGCGCCAACGGCCGCUACGAGUUCAUGUCUCUCACGAAGCCGCUGAACCGGUCCUCUGCGCCGCCGCCGCCGCUGCUCCUCCAGCGGCAGGGCUCCGACCCGACCACCGCCCGCCUCCGGGUGUCGGAGAGCCCCACUCGGCGCCGGGGCUCCGGCUCCUCACCCGCCGGCCAGCCCCCGCCCCCGGAGGAGGACGGCAUCCGCCUCAACCCGUCGUUCGCCCGGGUGGCGCUCAGCUCGCUGCUCGCCAUCGACCUGUGGAUGUCCAAGCGGCUCGGGGUGUGCGCCUGCGAGGACUCUGCGUGGGGCAGCGUGCGGCCCCUCAUGAAGCUGAUCGAGGUGUCCGGACACGGCAUCCCGUGGCUGGCCGGCGCCGCGUACUGCCUGUACAAGAGCGACAGCCCGGCGGGUCAAGAGGUCAUGCUCAACCUGCUGAUGGGCCUCCUUUUGGACCUGAUCCUGGUCGCCAUCGUCAAGGCGUCGGUGCGACGCCGUCGGCCGGCACACAACCGCAUGGACAUGUUUGCCACCUUCUCCGUGGACCGCUACUCCUUCCCCUCGGGCCACGCCACCCGCGCCGCCAUGUGUGGGCGGUUCCUGCUGGCCCACCUGGUGCUCGCCGCCCCGCUGAGGGUCCUGGUCCUGCUGUGGGCCGGCCUGGUGGGGCUGAGCCGCGUGAUGCUGGGCCGCCACAACGUGACCGACGUGGUGUUCGGCUUCGGGAUGGGCUACUGCCAGUACAACCUGGUGGAGAUGCUGUGGCUCUCGCCUCAAACCCUGCAAGGGCUGCUGGGACAUCUAGCCUGACCCCGGGGA